AUGUUUCCUCCGUCAAGAUUACAAGUAACCUCUCGAGUGGUUCUCAAGUUGUUCCACCAGAUUUUGGUGGCAUUUUCCCUGAGAUCCAGUAGACUGUCACGUUUGAUUCUCUGGAUACGGUUUCUAAGUUGGGCAACUUGGUUUACUUUUAUUUGGGCUCAGAGUGUGGUUUAUGCCCAGUCGAUAGACUGCAAUCUGGACUGCAUACUGCGUCAUACGCUUACAUUUCUUCAGACAGUAACUCAUGCUUUCAUUGUGGUCAUGACAUUCCUCAAGGGCUUCCGACCUGAACAAGACCAAAUGGAUGAAGUGGUUGUCUUUGAGGAGUCUGAUCCCUGGGUGGCCUUUACUUUGCUGGCAAUGAUGCUGCCCAUUGUUGGCGUCGAGUUUCUGGUGUAUUGGAAUGCACCUGAGUAUGCCUAUCGGGUGAUUAUCUAUCACCUUAAAACUCUACCCAGUUUCCUGGCUCUGCAGAUGCAGAUUAUAUCCUUUAUCCUGGAAGUCAUGAAGGUGAACAUUAGAGUGCGACAUGCCAAGCUCCAGCUUCUGGUCUUGGCCAGAGAGCUAUCCAAUCGUUGGCCACAGUCUAAGCAAGGACCCGAGUUCCUGGACCAGCAAAUCCACCGAAUCAAAGACCUUAAGUAUCGGUACAAUGAGCUCCAUCGUCUUUUCGAUCGAAUUAAUGGAUGUUUUGGAGGGAGCCUUCUUACCAUCAUCAUGGUUUACUUUGCUCUCUUUGUGUGCAAAUCAUAUUGGCUCUUUGUGGAACUUCGAACCAGUCCCCUUAGGUUCUAUGCCAUUCUCCUCAACUUGGGAUUUAUUUUCAAUGUUGCCCUGCAGAUGUCCGCUGCUUGCUGGCACUGCCAACAGAGCUACAACCUAGGUCGUCAAAUCGGUUGUCUGAUUUCAAAGUUGGUUAAACCCAAAGGCAGCAAGAGGUACAAUGAUUUGGUUAGCGAGUUUUCCCUGCAGACACUGCACCAACGAUUUGUUGUCACCGCCAAGGAUUUCUUUAGUCUCAAUCUCCAUCUUCUAAGUAGUAUGUUUGCAGCUGUGGUCACCUAUCUAGUCAUUCUUAUACAAUUCAUGUUUGCUGAAAGGAACUCCAAGCGCUGAUGGGGAUUGGUCAUAAAAUAUAAAAAUAUUUAACAUUUUAAGCAUACCUUCAAACAUGGCUUUAUGAAUGU